AUGACUCAUCACACAAAUUACUUCAUCUUUCUCUUUCUAGUUACCUUAAGCUUUUUCUUCGAAAUUUCGAACGGUUCAUUUAUCAAUGUGGUUAGCUAUGGGGCUAAACCUGAUGGAAAGUCCGACUCUACCAUGCCCUUUCUUAGGGCAUGGUCAUCAGCAUGCAAAUCAAAUGAAGCAGCCACAAUUUACGUGCCCCAGGGAAGUUUUUUGUUAAAACAAGUGACAUUUUGGGGUCCUUGCAUGAACAAGAUUCAUUUUCGAAUUGAUGGCACUAUUGUUGCACCUUCAGAUUAUUGGUCACUAGGUAAUUCAGGAUAUUGGAUCUUGUUCAUGAAGCUUAACGGGCUUUCAAUCUAUGGAGGGACUCUCGAUGGAAAGGGUGCUGGCUAUUGGCAUUGUAGAAAAGCUGGACAGAGUUGUACUGCUGGAGCAAGGUCUAUAUCGUUCAGUUGGUCCAAUAAUGUGGUGGUUAGUGGAUUAAAGUCAUUGAAUAGCCAAGCAAUGCACAUUGCCAUUGACCAUUGCAAAAACGUUCUGAUCCAAAAUGUGAAAAUCAGAGCUCCCAGUGGAAGCCCCAACACAGAUGGAAUCAAUGUGCAGUUUUCAUCAGGAGUUACUAUCAGCCAUGCCAUCAUAAUGACCGGUGAUGAUUGCAUAUCUAUAAAUCAGGGUACCACCAAUUUGUGGAUUGAGCACAUUUCUUGUGGCCCAGGACAUGGCAUUAGCAUAGGGAGUUUGGGCACCUAUUCGGACGAGGCUGGAGUUGAGAACGUGACAGUGUCCAAUUCAGUGUUCACCAGAACAGAAAAUGGUGUUAGGAUAAAAUCGUGGCCACAAGCAAGCAAUGGAUAUGCAAGAGACAUUGUGUUUAGGAACCUCAUCAUGCAAAAUGCCCAUAAUCCCAUCAUUAUUGAUCAAAGAUAUUGCCCCGGCAAGGAAUGUCCUCACCAAAGUUCUGGCGUGGAGAUAAGCAGAGUAUCAUAUGAGCAUAUAAGGGGAACUUCAGCAAGCCCAGUAGCUAUGAAUUUUGAUUGCAGCCAAAGCAACCCAUGUUGGGGUAUCAAACUGCAGGACAUAAAGCUCAUUAACAAUAAGGGAUCUCAAACAUCAUCUUGUACAAAUGCUGGUGGAAGUAGCACUGGAGUGAUCAUCCCAAGGAGUUGUCUUUGA